UUUUUAUACUCCACAUGUCAACUUUAUUUCCAAGUGACACAUCUGAUCACAGAUGUCGCCAAGUGGAUGCAUUUUAGGCGGCCCUUGGCUGGAGAAGCCAGAGCUCACUGCACACUCCAAACUUUUAUGACGCAUUUCUUUUUACAAUUGAACAGCCCUCCUUUGGCAGAACACAGUGAAUCUAAGUCCCGUUAGGAGAGCGGGACUGGCUACAAUAACUGCACUGUUAUCAAAAAAAGAAGUCAGCACAGAGCAGAUUUUUGCUGAGAUCUCCUUGUCAGGGACUUCCAGGAAACGCAAUUUUCACAAAAAUGACAGCACAAUUAAUGUAGUUAGUUAGUCUCCUUUGCAGAACAUUCAGGACCUAGGAAAGAUUGGAUUCCAAUCCUGGCUGAAGCUCUGCUUGGCAAUAGGACUCGUGAAACUAUGGAUACUGGAUUUCCAGGAACUGGCCCCUCUCAGAGGGAUUCUCUGCAUAUUUAUUUUGCUAAGAGAAAUAAUCUGAGUUCCAGGUUUUUAUCCUGAUCUCGAACAGCUGCACAAACUGAAAGUAAAAAGAGCAUAGCAACAAUGCCAUAAGAGCGCCGCAGUUUUCCUGAGAAAGGUACAAAAAGUCUAACGCCCUCAAGAGUAAGCAGAUACGGUAUCCUUGUAAGCAGAUAUGGUUGAAGACAUUUUGCUUUCCAUCCCAUAUCUCAAAUAUAAAGCCAGUCCAUCCACCUCCAAGGUAUCUUUGGUUCAAAAUGCUGCUCUGAUGUCUACAGAAGAACACAGUCCUGUCUAGAUACUGAACCAAACACUGAGCUUGGAAAACAGUCCUUGAUGGAGCCUCCUUCUGAGCAGCUGUGGCCAUUGAGAAAAACAAUGACAGAAUGGGAAAGCACACCAGGAAUUACUGAAGCUGUAGGAGGAGCUGGUAUCCCUGAUAACAGGCCUUGACCACCACUUGGCACUCUGUGUGCCUGGCAGCACAGCAUGAUUCGAAUUGGAAGGAAGAAACUUUGGGCAUCUUUCUUCUGCUUUAUGGCCUUCUUUUUUCUUCUUGUUACACUCCAGGUGGUUCUUGAACUGGGCAAGUCUGAAAGGAAGAUAAAAGUCUCCAGUUUACAAGAUGGUUCAUUAAAACUGGAGGAGCAGUGGAAACAUGCAUAUCAGUUUUUUAAUAAACAGGAACUCUACAGCAAUACCAGGAGAGUUUUAGAUGCGGACAGAUACCCUAUCCUGCUCUGGUGGUCCCCGCUGACUGGCGAGACUGGGAGGUUAGGUCAGUGUGGACAGAAUGUCUGUUUCUUUACUAUCAAGAGGACCUACCAGCAUAAUCACAUGACAAAAGCCUUUCUCUUCUAUGGUACUGACUUUAAUAUAGAUAGUUUACCCCUCCCUCGUAAACGCCAUCACGACUGGGCCCUUUUCCAUGAAGAGUCGCCCAAAAACAACUACAAGCUCUUCCACAAACCUACCAUCACCUUGUUCAACCAUACAGCUACCUUCAGUCGCCACUCUCAUCUGCCGCUGACUACUCAGUAUCUGGAGGGCAUAGAGGUCAUAAAGUCUCUGAGAUACAUGGUUCCGCUGCAAAAGAAGAAUAGCUUAAGAAAAGGACUUGCACCGCUUGUGUAUGUGCAGUCCGAUUGCGACCCUCCUUCAGACCGGGACAGCUACGUGCGUGAGCUGAUGAGCUACAUCCAGGUGGACUCCUAUGGUGAAUGCCUGCAUAAUAGAGACCUUCCUCAGCACCUCAAAAACCCAGUCUCCAUGGACGAUGGUAACUUCUAUAGAAUACUUGCUCAGUACAAAUUCAUUCUUGCUUUUGAAAACGCAGUCUGCGAGGAUUACAUCACUGAAAAGCUCUGGAGGCCCCUCAAGUUGGGAGUGGUACCAGUGUACUAUGGGUCCCCCAGCAUUACGGACUGGCUUCCUAGCAAUAGGAGUGCAAUCCUUGUAACAAGAUUUUCACAUCCCAGAGAGCUGGCGCACUACAUCAAGGCACUGGACACAAAUGACCAAGAGUAUGAGGCCUACCUAGAAUGGAAAAUGAAAGGAGCCAUCUCCAAUCAACGACUGCUCGCUGCUAUCCGAGAACGCAAAUGGGGAGUCCAGGAUAUCACGCAGGACAAUUAUAUUGAUGUGUUUGAGUGCAUGGUGUGUAAUAGGGUGUGGGAAAACAUCAGAAGGCAGGAAAAGGGAUUGUCACCCAGGAGAUGGAACGCACAAGUUAACCACCUGAGCUGCCCGAAACCUGAGGCUUUCUUGUUCUCCUCGCCAAACAUACGCUGGACAUCUCUGCGAGAGAUGUGGAUACCAAGCUUUGAACAAUCCAAGAAAGAAGCCCAAGCACUGAGACAGCUGGUGGAAAGGAAUAUGAACUUUACAGCUCAGGAAUUUUGGACACUUGUAUUCAAAGAAUAAACACGACAGGCUAUCACACAGAGCGAGCUCCCCAAAGGAGUGCGCUAUGUAAUAUUCUUUUGCACCCUGCCUUAAUAUCUGUAGGUCAAUAAGUACAGGAAGGAGUUAAAUUGUCCUGUAAGAUAGAAUGUAGUAGGUACAGUACUCAGUAAAUACUGAUAACUACAGAAUUACUCAAGCGGUUUUUUAAAAACUAUAUUUUUAUACUAAUUGUCAUUAGGUUGGACAUUUGAGCAUUAAGACCCCUACUCAGGAAGAUGCUUAACGUACAUGCCUGAUUUUAAACAUAUGAAGCUAAGUGAAGCUAAUGGGACCAGUGAAGCUAAUGGGACCACAGUCACUUGCUUAGUAACAGGCCCUUCCUUGCAGAAUCAGGCCCUUUGCCUUCUCUGAUCCAAGCUCCCACAUCCCUGGGUUGACAUCCACAGGCUAUGGAAUAGUUUAUGCAAUCACAUUGGUGUGACCUCUGUGGCAGCGCGCCUUUGAGGCAGGUGUAGCGAUCAGGCUUGCUGCUGAGUAUGUCUGUUUAUCAUCAGUCCCCUUCGGAUGCACAGGUUU